AUGACGUCCUCAACGACCAUCAUAUUCGUACUGAUGAUUAGUAGCUUUUUUGUAGCUACGAUUAAUGCGGAAUCACUAUCUAUGGAUCCUGAUCUAUUUCUAAAGGCAUUAAUUAAAACCUUUCAAACGCCUAUUAGUUCAGGUGGUGACAACGCACAACUUUCCGUUGAUAUCAUACUUGCAAAUGAUGUAUUCAAUCUUGAUGAUGUUUUGCGUUUAUUUAUACAACAAUAUCUUCUUGCAUUAUAUAAUAAUCGUUAUCAUCUUAUGCCGAGUGAUUGGGAAACAGAAUAUCCAGCAUAUAGUAAAAUAAUUACGGAAGUUAAUAAUAUUUUAGACUUAAUGGGUCGACGAAAAUUAUCUGAAAUAAGUGUAAAAGAUAUUCGACCAUUGAUUAAAAGUCUAACGCCGAUGGCGUUCAAAGAUUUACGAAGAAUUCUAAAAACAUUAGAUGAUAGAGCCAAAGAAGAAGAAGAAAAAGAAGAAGAAGAAGAAGCUACUAAAGCAGCUAGUUCAAAUGAUGAUGAAUUAUAG